AUGGGAAUACACAUAGCUACGGGGAUACUGUGGCUCUGUGCUCUGGUGCCAAAGUCAUCUGCUCGACUGCCACUAGAAACGAGCAUUGGGGAAGCGGCAUAUUCUGCACUUCAGGCGAUCAACGCAGUGCUGAAUCCUGAAACACGUGAUUUCUGUUCCCUCCUUCUAUUCAGAGACCCACUUACAGCCUCUGACAUCUCUUUGGACUUGAAGCUGCUUUCCGAGCAAUGGAGUGUGAGGGAGUUUGAAGUGGAGACCGAUAGUGAAAAUGCAACUUUGGAUAUAUCCUGGCUAAUUGCUGAAGCUCGAAAGGUGCGUAAUUCAUCGUACUGUACUAGAGUGGUCGUCCUGAGCGACGACCCCGCCUUCCUGGCCUCCUUCGCCGAGUCGUCGCUCCGGGGCCGCCUCCUGGUGUGGGCCACGAGGCUCCUGGUCGUCACCCGCCUGCCCCUUCAGGAGCUCCGCCGGCUCCUCGCCUCCUCCUGGACCUUCUCCAUGAUGAACGCCAUGGCGCUCCGUAUAGAGGACGCUUUUAGCUCUGGUGUGUACUCCUAUCUGCCGUACAGUCCAUCUGGAGCCCGCGUGGUUCGCGUGGCUACGUGGUCUUCUUCGAGAGGUUUGACCAUUGCCGGCCACCGCCAGCUGUUCCCGCAGAAGUUCUCGAACUUCCACGGUGCCACAGUGAACAUCACAGCACUACCUUACCGACCUUACUGGAUCGAGAAGACCAAAGUGGCACCCAAUGGCACCGCUGUCACGACGUACACGGGAUCGGACGCCCUCAUGAUGCACGCCAUGGCACAGGCGCUCAACUUCACAUUCCACGUUCUUCCUUCUAAGGAUUGGAACGAGGUCGGGUUUCAAGAUGAGACGAUGUUGACAGUGAUGCUGUCACUAGUGGAGAUUUUGGUGACCAAGAAAGUGGCAGAGCGCGAGUCUUUCAUCGCCUCAGUGGUCCACCUCCACCUCCCACAACGACAGAAAAUCUACGAUUUCACCUACAACUACGAGAUCACAAAUUCUGACUUCACGUUGGCCAAGCCCUCGCUCAGACCCAGCUGGCAGGGCCUGUACUAUCCUCUGAGUAAUGAAGUGUGGCUCUGUAUCCUCUUUGUGCUUCUUUUGACUCCGUUUCUGGCUACGCUGGUGAUCUGCAACAGGGAGAGCGAAGGAGACGUCAAGACAAUGAGCCUCAAGCUGAUCGGGUCCCUGCUGGGCCAGAGCAUGGCGUCGGGGCGGGGAGAGAGCGGCGGCAGCCGCGUCUUCGUGGCCUCUUGGCUUGUCUUCGCCUUCGUCGUGGGCACGGCUUACCGGGGCAACCUCACCGCCGCCCUCACGCUGCCCAAAUACCCGCCUCGCAUCGAAACCGUUGCCCAGCUCGCUGAGACGGUGGACAGAUUGUUGGCACCGCCCUAUGGAAAGGACGUUCGAGAUUUCCUCACGCAGUCGGAAUCGAAGAUUUUCCAAGUUUUCGGCUCUAAGUUGGAACUCGUGCCAGACAUCCUCUCAGGUUUAAAGCAGGCCAGCAACAGAAUAUCCUAUAUAGAAUCAGAUAGGUUUGUAAGACUUGCGAUCGUCGAGCACUUCACGCUGGCCGACGGAAGCAACAGCCUGUACGUAGGCCGGGAGAAGUUCCUGACCUCGAUCGCCGGCCUUCCGGUUCCACACGACGCGCCCUACAAACCGCAGAUAGAUCGGUUCCUCAUGAUGGUGAUCGAGGUCUCUUGUCGAGAACCUUUUAAGUGGCAUCUUGGCCAACAGGCCGGUCUGUACGAGAAGUGGAGCGAGGACAUGCUGAGCGACGCCCGCAGGGACGCCCAAAGGAAGCAGCUGGAGCAGCUGGAGCAGCUGAAGCAGCUGGAGCAGCUGAAGCGGCGGAGCGAGACCGCGGCAGAGGAGACCGAAGCCACCGAAGGCAACGCGAAGGCUCUGAGCGUGACGCACAUGCAGGGCCCGCUCCUGCUGCUGCUGUUGGGCCUCAUGGCGGCCGGGUUGGCGUUCCUGGCGGAGGUCCUCGCCGGGAAGGCUUAG